AUGUCUCAAGUCGUAUAUCUCACCGUUGAACCGGAGACAGUAGACAGGACCAAAAAGCAGUCUUGGAUCCACCCACACUUGAUCGAGAGCGUUGAUCCUGUCAAAGGUCGUCAAUUCCGUGCAUGCCAUCAUAUCCCGAAAGGCGCCUGUCUUCUCAUCGACCUCCCCUAUGCAGUGAUUCCCGUUGUUGAUGAGCCCGAGGUCAACGAUCAUCUUAUUUGCAACAAUCCCGCUUGUAAUCGUCGAGCUCCUCGCGAAAAGGGCCGAUAUUCAUGUCUGAAUGCUUGCAUGCAAGAUGUGGUAUGGUGCAGCAGCACCUGCAGAGACGCUGAUAAGUCUCGACAUGGCUUUGAAUGCACAUGGCUCAAGAAAUACGCAGAGUCAAUACGGAGCAAAAGAGGCGAAUACGAUUUUGGCAUGCUCUGGCUGAUUGUUCGUUUGCUUGCCUUCCGACAUGUUGAAUUGCAAAAGAAUGCGCCUACCGGAUCUAAGUCGCUCCCCAAACAUAGCUGGGAAGCCAUUGACUCGCUGUGCGGAUCCUCCGGAACUUGGUCUCAUGAUCAGGUCAAGGUCUGGACAACUCUCGCGAAGAAGUAUCUGAAGAACAGUCCGGCUCUACCCCACGGGUUAAAUACGGAUCGAAUGCUUCAUCUGAUCUGCCAAGAGGAGGCAAACUCAUUUGGUCUCUAUCCCAGAGAAACGGGGCAUUAUCCUCCACCUAAUCCUCCAAUUGAUAGAGGAGAACAGUUUGCUGCAGCCGUUUAUCCCACUGCCGCAAUUGCUAAUCAUUCAUGCGUGCCAAAUAUCAUUCAUAAACCUGACGACGAAGGCCGCAUGGUCUUCACCGCAUCUCGCGACAUUUUUCCCGGCCAGGAAUGCUGCAUCUCCUACUUCGAUUUGACGAAACACAUAGAACUCGACUCACGCCGCGCACAUCUUCGGAAAUCAUUCCGGUUUCUGUGUCGUUGUGAUCGUUGCGUCUCCGAAGAGCCUACUGAAGAGGCUUCGGAGUGGUCCGCGAUGCCACUAAUGGACGACUCGAUAUAA